AAUUGAGGUUAAUAUAGCGGCUUCUACAGAAAUUCAAUUUAAUGCAGAUCCAAUCAAACAAACGUACAAUCCCCCGAAGAUGUCCCAAACGACCCCCGGCGACACUCCUCCCGAACAAGUCCACUCGAAGAGCAUUAUCGUAAUACACCCCGGCUCUCUGAACCUUAGAAUCGGGCGCGCCUCCGAUUUGAACCCUUUAACCGUGCUACAUGCCAUAGCGAGACGUAGAUUGCCUUACGGCCAAAGCUACAGGGACACUUUCCUGCCCGAACGAAUAGAUCUGAGCCAACCCCAGGAGUUCGAAGAAGCCAGGUUGGCCGUUUCGCACACUCUGCAGUCCUGUCUGCAGUCGGACGGUAGGAGGAGAUAUGCUACUCCCCCACAGCAAAUCGCAGCGUUCAACCGAAGGUCCCAACCGGAGCUGUUGGGCAAUAAUGGGGGCGAAUGGAUAAAGCCAGAAGGAGACGUGGUCGUAGGCAAUGACAUACUGCGCUUGAACCCCGAAGAGGACUUUAAUGUGCACUUUCCUUACAAGCGGGGCGACUUAAACGUGCACCCUGGAGGUGGCGGAUCUAUAACGGCCAUCAUGGCAGACCUUGAGGCGAUUUGGGGUCAGGUGCUGGAAACGAACUUCCAGAUUAGUAAAGACGAUCUGAAGCAGUGCAAAGCCGUGCUUAUUAUACCGGAUGUUUAUAACCGGAUGUACUUGAGAGAGUUGAUGUACUUGCUCCUGUCCAAAAUGGGGUUCGGAAGUUGUUUCCUCGUGCAGGAUCACCAAAACGUGUCUCAAAUAAAUUAUGAAAAUUGUAUAACAAUAAUCAUUGAUUUUCAUCAAGUAGGUCACUGUAUUCAUAGUGUUAAUCCUACUUUGGCUGUUUCAAUUUUUCUACGUCACUCUGUGACCUUUAUUUUAGGUAUGACUGGACUGAAGGAGAGUCUUGAUACUACGUCUUCGGACCUGCUGAACGACAGCUUCUUAGACAACCAACCAAAUAAUGCUAACGAAGACGACAUAGUUGUCGAUGCUAUGGAUCCCGUCGUGAUGACAUCCGUUCGGGAAUUCGUAACAAAUCCGGGGCAGAUUCUAGGCUUGGAUCAAGCUGUGCUUCAGAGCAUCGACAGGUGUCCAAACGAAGAAAUCAAAAGGAAGAUGUAUGGAUGUAUUCUAGUUGUCGGAGGGGGUAUGAAAUUUUCCGGUAUAGCGACUUGGCUCCAGAACAGAAUAUCGCUUCAAAUACCGUAUCUGUAUAGAGCUGAGCAACUUGAUAUCGUCACCAAUCCGAGGGACAUGGAUUCUUCGAUGGUGGCUUGGAAAGGAGCUUGCAUUCUUUCUUGUUUGGAGACUGCCCACGAGUUGUGGAUUCAGGCGGGGGAGUGGGAGAAAUUUGGGGUUAGGAUUUUGCGAGAAAGAGCGCCGUUUACCUGGUAAAGAUGAAAGAUUGAAACGAUGGAGUGAUUCUUUUUAUUUGAUAGUGUUUAUCAUUUCCAUGUCAUCAUUUAUAAUUGUAAUAUAUAUCGAAAAUAUGAAUCAGCGAUGAGAUGUUUUUUUUAAAUAAAGUCAUUUGAAAAAUA